CGAUAAUUAUUUAGGCAAAAGCCCAAUAAUAGACACCAGUCAAAUAUACCUUUGUGUACUCCAACAAUCAUCAUCUUCUACUUCUUCUCUUAAACCCUGGCCGCGCGAGAAAACCCUAAUUCAAACCUGUAGCCAUGCCUGCCCUCACUCGUAACAAGAAGAAGGCUGCGACGAAAUCGAUAACCCCUCCAACGAAGCAGCUUACCAAAUCCAAAACCCCUCCAAUGAAACCCCAAACUUCAAUGUUGAAGAAAGGAGCGAAAUCUCAGAACAAACCUCCAUUGAAGAAGCAGAAGAAGGAAGUUGUGGAGGAAGAGCCUCUAGAAGAUUACGAAGUUACCGAUGAUUCUGAUGAAGAUGACGAAGUUUCCGAUGGUUCUGAUGAAGAUGAUAUUUCUCCAGCUGUGGAAUCAGAAGAGAUUGAUGAAUCUGAUGAUGGAGAGAACGGGUCUAAUCAGUUAUUCUCUGAUGAUGAGGAAGAGAACGAUGAAGAGACUUUGGGUGACGAUUUUCUAGAAGGUAGCGGCGAUGAAGAUGAGGAAGGAUCUUUAGAUGCGGAUUCGGAUGCUGACUCUGACGACGACGAUAUUGUGGCGAAAUCUGAUGCUAUUGAUAGAGACUUAGCAAUGCAGAAGAAAGAUGCUGCUGCUGAACUGGAGGAUUUUAUCAAGCAAGAUGAUGUACAUGAUGAAGAACCUGAACAUGAUGCGUUUAGGCUACCAACUGAAGAGGAGCUUGAAGAAGAAGCUCGUGGUCCACCAGAUCUUCCUCUACUUAAGACUAGAAUUGAAGAGAUUGUUAGAGCUCUUAAAAAUUUUAAGGCUUUCAGGCCAAAAGACACCACGAGGAAAGCUUGUGUUGAACAGCUCAAAGCUGAUCUCGGUUCUUAUUAUGGUUAUAACAGUUUUCUUAUUGGAACUUUGGUUGAGAUGUUUCCUCCUGGUGAACUUAUGGAACUUAUUGAAGCUUUUGAAAAGCAAAGGCCUACGUCCAUCCGAACUAACACACUUAAGACUCGAAGACGGGAUCUUGCUGAUGUACUUUUGAACAGAGGAGUCAAUCUAGACCCAUUAAGCAAGUGGUCUAAAGUUGGACUUGUUAUUUAUGAUUCACAAGUCCCAAUUGGUGCAACUCCUGAAUAUCUGGCUGGGUACUACAUGCUUCAAGGUGCUAGUUCGUUUUUGCCAGUGAUGGCCCUUGCCCCUCGAGAGAAUGAGCGGAUUGUGGAUGUAGCUGCUGCUCCUGGUGGUAAAACAACUUAUAUCGCCGCUCUAAUGAAAAAUACGGGCUUAAUAUAUGCGAAUGAGAUGAAAGUACCUAGGCUUAAGUCGCUAACUGCCAAUCUGCAUCGUAUGGGGGUCACAAAUACCAUAGUUUGUAACUAUGAUGGAAGAGAGCUACCCAAGGUUUUAGGUCAGAACACGGUUGAUAGAGUAUUGUUGGAUGCGCCUUGCAGUGGGACUGGAAUUAUAUCAAAAGAUGAAUCAGUUAAAAUAACGAAAACCAUGGAUGAGAUAAAGAAAUUUGCUCACUUGCAAAAGCAACUUCUACUCGCUGCUAUUGAUAUGGUGGAUGCCAAUUCCAAAACCGGUGGAUAUAUAGUUUAUUCAACAUGUUCAAUUAUGGUUACUGAGAAUGAAGCCGUCAUUGACUAUGCCCUCAAAAAGAGGGAUGUUAAACUCGUUACGUGUGGUCUCGAUUUUGGCAGAAAAGGAUUUACCAGAUUUAGAGAACACCGGUUUCAGCCAUCUUUGGACAAGACUAGACGUUUCUAUCCUCAUGUACACAACAUGGACGGAUUUUUUGUGGCAAAGCUGAAGAAAAUGAGCAACGUGAAGCAAUCUUCAGAAGAAGGUGAUGAUGAUGCGGUAGAAACUGUAGAGCAAGCUGAAGUGUCUAGUGAUGAUGAUGAUGAAGCUGAGGCCAUUGAAGAGACGGAGAAGCCUUCUGUUCCCGUUAGGCAACCUAAGGAAAGAAAAGAAAAAAAGAACAAGGAAAAACUUGCAAAAUCAAAGGAGGACAAGAGAGGUAAAAAGGAUAAGAAAUCAAAAUCUGAAAAUGUGGAAGAGCCAUCUAAACCAAGGAAGCAAAAGAAGAAGAGACGGGAAUGGAAGAACGAAAUAGCUCAAGCUAGGGAAGAGAAAAGAAUAGCCAUGCGGGAGAAGGCGAAGGAGGAGAAGUAAUGAUGAUUCAGUGUUUUUUCAUCAAAGAGAAGAAAAAACAUUUGCGAAAACGUUAUCAUCUAUGGUUAUAGUAGGCUUGUGCCAUAUAUUGGCUUUCUUGUUUUUGUUUAUUCACGACGAGAUUUGUGCAACGUUAAAAGCACCCAGAGUGAGCACUCUGUUGGACUCCGUGGGCAGACCACCUUAAAUGUCCAAAAGUUUUGUUUCAGAAAAAAAUCUUUUAAGAGAAUCAAAGUUAAGUUGUGUUCUUGAGCCGAUCACUAAAUUGCUGUUAUUUUUACUCAAGAACCAAAC